AUAGAGAUAAUUGUCUGCAUUUAAAAAUAAAUAUGCUAGGGGCCAGUGUUAUGACAUUUGGGUAAAGCUGAUGCUUGCAGAGCCAGAAUCCCAUAUGGGUGCCAGUUCUAGUCCCAGCUGCUCCUCUUCCCAUCCAGCUGCCUGCUAUGGCCUGGGAAAGCAGAAGAAAAUGGCCCAAGUCCUUGGGCCCCUGCACCCAUGUGGGAGACCCGGCUUUGGAUUGGCACAGCUCUGGCCGUUGCAGCCAAUUGGAGAGUGAACCAGCGGAUGAAAGACCUCUUUCUCUCUGCCUCUGCCUCUCUCUAACUUUGCCUUUCAAAUAAAUAAAUAAAUCUUUAAAAAAAUAAAUAUGCUAGGCUAAACCUUACAUGCACUGAGAGGAUCUAGUAGAGUCUCAGAGUGUACUCCCUCUGGAGUCUUCCCUGCCACACAGUGGUGGGCUGGAGUCUUUUCCCCCAAAAUGUAUGACCUGGACUUGGUUUAAUUUUCUUUCAGAGAUAACAAGUCUGCAGUAACAUUGAUAAAUCUAUUCUAAAUCAAUUUUGUCCUGUGCUUCUAUAUUUAAAACUGAAAUUUAUAAAACCGAAUGUUAUACAUGCUGAAAAAAAGAAAAUGCAAAUGUAGAAUCUACAAUGCUAUGCCAUGUAAAUAAUCUACCAAGGCAGAGUUAUUUUUAACAGUAAGGAUAUUUUUAAGGUGUAGUGAUAAUUACAUUCAUAGAAGGAAUUUCAUAGGCAUUUCUUUGCACAUCCAGAUAUGGGCAGCUACUGAAAUUAUCCUGACAUGCGCUUGAUUUUCAUUUUCCUUAGAAUGUGUUACUUUGCUGAACCCAUAUUCAAAGGCUGAGUCGAUUGAUCCUCUGCAAGAUACACUUGAAGGUUAAGUAACUACAGAUCUCAGUUAAUCCCACGUAAUCUGCUGUUACUAAAUGGCUGUUUGCAUUCCUGGCACACCAGUUUCUGAAUGCCGAGGGUUUGGUUUUUACCUUUUGUUCAAAUAACCUCUAAAAGGAGCAAUGAGUUUCUUUGCAUGCCUGUGCAUUGUGCUUCGCUUUUUGGAAAGUGUGAGUUCUUCGUGUCCCUCACAGUGCACCUGCGAUUAUCAUGGCAGAAAUGACGGCUCGGGAGCAAGGUUGGUGCUAUGUAAUGACCUGGACAUGAAUGAGGUCCCUACAAACUUCCCUGUGGACACUGUGAAGCUGCGCAUAGAGAAGACAGUCAUCCGUGGCAUCCCUGCCGAGGCCUUCUACUACCUGGUGGACCUCCAGUACCUCUGGGUGACUUACAAUUCUGUGGCCAGCGUAGACUCAAGGAGCUUUUACAACCUCAAGCAACUGCAUGAGUUGCGCCUGGAUGGAAAUUCUUUAGCUUCUUUCCCUUGGACAUCUCUUCUGGAUAUGCCCCAUCUGAGGACCCUGGAUUUGCACAACAAUAGAAUAACCAGUGUGCCAACCGAGGCAGUCAAGUAUCUGAAGAGCCUCGCCUACUUGGAUUUAUCAAGCAACAGACUAACCACGUUGCCACCAGAUUUCCUGGAGAGUUGGUCCCACUUGGUAACAACACCUUCUGAAAAUCCAGACCUUUCACCAAGAAGAAUUAUUCUCGGUCUGCAGGAUAACCCUUGGUUCUGUGACUGUCGUAUUUCCAAAAUUAUCGAGCUGUCGAAGUUCGCUGACCCUGCUGUUGUGCUUCUUGACCCACUGAUGAUUUGCAGUGAACCUGAGCGCCUCACAGGGGUUUUGUUUCAGCGAGCUGAGUUGGAGCGGUGUCUGAAACCAUCGGUGAUGACCUCAGCCACCAAAAUCACAUCUGCUCCUGGCAGUAAUGUUCUGCUGCGGUGUGAUGCCACCGGUUACCCCACCCCACAGCUCACGUGGACCAGGUCCAACAGCUUGCCAGUGAAUUAUACAGUAAUUCAGGAAUCUCCAGGGGAAGGAGUCAGGUGGUCCAUAAUCAGCUUGGCAGGCAUUUCUCACAAGGAUGCUGGGGACUACAAAUGCAAGGCCAAAAAUCUGGCUGGGAUGUCAGAAGCUGUGGUUACCGUGACAGUGGUUGGCACUGUCACCACAACUAUCUCAUCAGAUAUUUCUGAAAGAAGAACUGGAGAUCACCUGGAGCCAGAGGCCCAGCCAGGAUUUGGAAGACCAACAUCCAUGUCCACGUCAUCAUCUUCUCCUGAGUCGCUUUCCUCCUCUUCGUCCUUCCCUGCUUCUUCCACUUCUGUUUCUGCUUCGGCUUUGUCACCUCCUGCUACUUCUUUCUCUUUGUCUCCUUUCUUCUCUUCGAUCAUUUCUUCAACCACAACUCUAAGCACUGGUGCUUCAGCACGCCCCACCAUGGCCAGCAGGCAGUCGCUUCAGCUCCAUGCAGAUGGCAGAAGAAAUUUAAAGGUAGAGAUGAGUGGAAGUAAGCUUCCUCCAGCCAGUGCAAGCAAGAAAGAAGAGUUGGCAUUUCUGGACCAAGCAACACCUACGGAGACGAAUGCCACAGUAGAAAACCUCAGGGUGGUCAGUGAGACGGAAGAGAGUGUGACUUUGAAGUGGAACACCAUCAACACCAUGCAUAACUCUGCAAUGACUGUGCUGUAUUCCAAGUAUGGGGACAAGGACCUGCUCCUGUUAAAUGCAGACUCCAGCAAGAACCAAGUAACCAUAGAUGGUCUGGAGCCCGGUAGACAAUACAUGGCAUGUGUCUGUCCAAAAGGGGUGCCUCCCCAAAGAGACCAAUGUAUCACCUUUUCUACUGACAGAGUUGUAGAAGAAGGUGAUUCUCAGUGGUCUUUCCUUAUUGUGGUGACAAGUACUGCCUGUGUGGUUGCUGUGCCAUUGAUUUGUUUCUUGUUGUACAAAGUUUGCAAGCUGCAAUGUAAAUCAGACUCUUUCUGGGAAGAUGAUUUAUCAAAAGAGACUUAUAUCCAAUUUGAGACGCUGUCCCCCAGGUCUCAAAGUGUAGGUGAGCUCUGGACACGAAGGCACAGAGACGAUACAGAAAAAUUACUGCUUUGUUCUAAGUCAAGUGUGGACUCUCAACUCACUUUUAAAAGUGAGGAUUUUAAGCCAGUAUAUUAUUGCUAAGCUUUUGCAUCUCAAGGAGGACAUGGCCUUCCAAAUUAAGGAUCUGAGGGUAUAGCUGAUCCUCUCAAUGGAUUUUGGGCAGACUUUCAGAUUCUAUAUGAAAAUCACAAAUGGGGUGCUUUUAAAUGUGUUUUUAAAAAGUGCCACAGGACUUCCAAACGGAAUCUUGAUCUUUGUUGUGUGAGGGGAAUGUCCACAGAAAUAAUUUUUAGGAUAAUGCUUCAUAAGUUAUUAGAACAAGUUUUAAUAUUAACUCUCAUAAUACAACUCUUUGAGGACAGAGAUCUUGCAUGGGGAGUUAGUGCACAGUGACUCCUGUUGUUAAUUUAACAACUAACACUCUUAUGUGUGAUGUCAAUGACCACAUGAGGCUCUUGACAUGAGCUGCCUAGGCUAUGGAAGCCUUUUGAAUCCACAAGCUCCUUCAGUAUUUAGACAAGGCCAUAAGCAAAGUGGAAGUUCUCUCCUCUCUUCAGAGAAAAGUACAUCCUUCUUUGAUGACCAAUUCUUUCCAUUGGGGUCUCAUCUACAGAGAUCCUUCAUGUAGGACACUUUUUGCUACAGUGUGUUGGCUUUCCAUGCCUGAAAUGCUCUUGUGGGCCUUUCAGCCAGACCAGAAUGCCUUAAUGGCUGAUUUUGAGCUCAGAGUGCUGCUUAAAGCGAUUGUCAUUCUAUAAGCCUGCUGUAUGGAUUGCUUCCUAUGGUGGAACAUUUGCUCUUUUUUAAUUCUAUUAUUAUUAUCAAACACUUAUUCCUAUUUAUAUGGUCACUUUAACACUUAAUCAUAUCUUUAUGAUCACUUUUACACUUAAAAUGCUGUUUUUACCACUCAGCUUAAGGGGAUUUGGGAUCCCACGUCACAUUUUUAAACUGUACCCUUAGAAGUAAGUCUGUAGGAAUGUAUGCAGAAUUAUACAGCUUUACAGUUAUAAACUUCAUAUGUUUUGUAAUUACUAUUUUAGGGAGAUUUCUUAAAAAAAAAAAAAACUAGAAAUAGAAUGGCCAUAUUAUCUAGCAAUCCCACUACUGGUAUAUAGCAAAAAAACUUGAACACAAUGAAUCAGAGAUAUGUGCACCACCAUGUUUAUAGCAGUACUGUUCACAAUAGCCAACAUUUGGAACCAACCAAGGUGUCCAUCAGAUGAAUGGAUGAAGAAAAUGUGGUGUAUAUAUACAUACAAAAUGGAAUAUUAUUCAUCUAUAAAAAGAAUAAAAUUCUACCAUUUGCAGCAAAAUGGACACCACUGGAGGAUAUUGUAUUCAGUGAAAUGAGCUGGACCCAGAAAGACAAAUACUGCAUGUUCUCCCUUAUAUGUGGGAGUUAAAUUUUUAAAAAGAAACAUAAAAGAAAAAAGAAACGUUUGUGUAUAUCAGUAUUGCUGCAAAUAUGGCUUUGUAAAACUUCAUUUUACACCUUGCAAAAUCAAUGGUUAAGAAUAUUACACUACCAUAAUUUUAAUGAUCUGUGAUUACUUUAAAAUUUAUUGUAUAUGGGUGAAACGGUCAUUUUUCCAUUUACUUGUUGUUUAUAGCUGUUGUAUGUAUUUCCACCAAACUAGACCUUAGACUAAACUAGUGUCUUUUUGCUUUUUACUUGUUAAAAUUCUUAUUCAGUGAAAUAAUAAGCCUUUUUACUGUAAUGUAAAUUUAAAAUAUGUUAUCUCAAAAACUAAACAAAAAGAGAGAAAGGGAGAAAAAAGUAAAAAAGAGAGGA